AUGGAUUCAAGCUCAGUUUUUCUAAGGAUUUCUCUACUUAUGUUUUUGUUCAUCUUUACUGCUUAUAAGAAUGUUCAUGCAGCUAACAUUUUCAGUAUCAGAGAUAACAAAGCCAUUCCAGAUGGAAAAACCGAUUGUAGCCAGGCCUUAUCGAGUGCGUGGGCGAAAGCGUGUGCAGUCGAUGGGGGCACGGUUCUAGUCCCGUCUGGUACGUACUACGUGAAAUCUGCACUGCUUCAAGGUCCGUGCAAUGGCAAAACAAUUUUCAGUGUAAUGGGAACUCUAAAGGCUUCUGCUGCUCCAAUCAGCCAAGAAAGUUGGAUCGAAUUUAAUCAUGUAGAUAACUUGGCGAUUACUGGAAACGGCGUUUUUGAUGGUCAAGGAGCUUCGACUUGGGCUCAUAAACACAAUCAGAAUGCUAAGAACUUUUCUCCUGGUACUCCUUCCUUGAAGUUAAAAUUUGUGAGGAAUUCAUCGAUCGAAGGGAUAACUUCGAUGAAUAGCAAGAUGUUCCAUGUCCAUGUGAACAACUGCGAUGGCUUAGUGAUUAACCACGUGUCGAUAUUGGCUCCGGAAGACAGUCCCAAUACCGAUGGAAUCCACGUUGGCGCGUCGAAUAAUGUACAUAUCAGCAAUGCGAAGAUUGCCACUGGAGAUGACUGCAUAUCAUUGGGUCCUGGAAGUACAAACAUCGACAUUUCUAGCAUUAAAUGUGGACCUGGCCAUGGUAUAAGCAUUGGAAGCUUAGGAAAAUACCCUGACGAGGAAAACGUUGCUGGCAUUACUGUAAGAAAUUGCACUUUAAGCAACACUCAAAAUGGAGUGAGGAUCAAAACAUGGGCACCUUCUCCGCCGAGCUCGGUCUCCGAUGUUACAUUUCAGGACAUUAUUUUAAAUAAUGCUUAUAAUCCCAUCAUCAUCGAUCAACAAUAUUGUCCCAGCAAUACCUGUAGCCAUAAGGGAGAAUCGAGUGUUCAAAUCAAAGGCGUGAAGUUCAUAAACAUACGCGGAAGUUCAUCAAUUCCUGCUGCAGUAAACGUCGUAUGUAGCAAAAGUAGGCCGUGCCAAGAUAUCGAGUUUUUGGGCCUAAACAUUAUUGUGAAUGGCAAGGGACAACCAACAACAGCUACAUGCUCUAAUGUCAAUGCAAAGUUUCUAGGAAAUCAAGUUCCUACACGUUGUGCUUAA